AUGAGUAGCAGUACGCAGCAGCAACUUGCGCCACCGCCAGCAGCGCACGGCACGGCUCAGCCACCAUCAGUAUCUCACUCCGACAUGUUCUUGAACAUGAUACAGGGCAAAUCAGUCACGAUAAUCGUGGGCCAACACUCUUUGUACUGCACCUAUACCCUGCCCGUCGCCCUACUAUGCGUUCACUCUUUCUAUCUCGGUAAAGAAAUUGCGGGAUUAACCACGGCUAGCAAAAAGCGCAAAUUUUCUCCUCUCAGAGAGGGCGAGGAGGUCGAAGCAAAGGUUGUGGUAGAGGCUAAGGACAAGAACAAAGAUGAGAAGCAUACUGGAGAAAAGAGUAUAAAAGAGGACAACGAGGAGCGAGUUAUCAGGCUAACAGACGUGGAUCCUGCAAUCUUCGGUCUCUUCCUAAAGUUCAUUUACAAGGACUCAUACCCACCGAAUGUCGACGCAAGAACACCGACGACCCACUACCAUCAUCGCUCGUUGACAGCUAUCCCAAAAUCGACCACUCUAGGCUCAGAAACUGCUACAGUACUCCGUCAACCGUCUUCGAAUAUUUUACCUGCCAACAGCAAUGAACAUAUCCAGGCCGCUCCUCCACUAAGCCACAUGUCUACUUUCAUGCCACCGCCUCCAUCCCCACAAGACAUGAAACAAAUCGAGUUCAUCCCUCCCUCUGUACAUGCAUGGCUCCUCGGGCAACGUCUCGGCGCUCUUCCCUUCAUGAACCACGCUAUAUCCCGAAUCUAUGCAGGCAUUGGAGUCUACUUUGCUCUCACGCCCUCACUCAUGGACUAUGUUUGGAAGGAAACCUCACCAUCACCGAAGAUCACCUCUUCAUCAUCAAAUUCGCCAUCCGGAUCAACUCCAUCAGCUACGGCAAAGACUGUCCUUACCCCUUCUCCUCUCCGCAAACUCCUCCUAGACAUCCUUAUAACGCAUUGGUCACGCCACCACCCCUCGAACCCCAACGCCGUUGUCGCCCGGUCUUUAUCAGUAUCACCAAACUUUUCAGCGCCGCUGAAGGUCGCUUGGGAUAGGCUUUUCGAUGAGCAUACUGAUCUGAGGAAUGAAUUUAUCUAUGGACUUCAGGGCGGUGUGCAGUUGAUGCCUGCCAACGCCUAUUUUGCAACACCACUACCGACUGGGCAGAGCGGUAUGGUCAAGGGUGGAGCGGCGACUAGUGAGUUUAGGAAGGAGCAUGGUCGAGGCAGCGGACGAGCGGAGAAAGAAGUGGUUAUCAAGGAGGAGAAGAAAGGUGAGAUGGAUGUUCUGGCAGAUAAGAAAGAGGGCGGCGGCUGA